AUGUCUUAUAACAGAAAGAAUAGAAAACGCAAACAUACAGAUAGAAAGGCAUACGGACGACGUGCAGAUGCAAUUAUCAGAAAGAAUACUAAUGGUUGGAUAUUAGAAUUCGGAGGGAUGCUUCGUGAUAUGUUUAUUGGGCUUUGCAACAAUCCAACAAUAGGUUAUAUUCAUGGUAAUAAUCCAGCUGGAUACAUUAUGCGUCUUACUAAAAGUGAAUUUUUUGAGAUCCUUGAAGAUAUUGAAUAUUUUGCAUUGGGCUUAGAAUUAAUUGGCGCUGUUUUUGAGAAUCCAAAGAAAAUAAAAUUAGUGCAAGAGAUCCUACUUGAUUUAAAGCAAUUGGAUUAG